GCCGUGCCUGUUCCGCGACGCCGGCAGUUCGCGUGGCUCGGCUCCGCGCUUGUGCGGCGAGGUCGGGGAAGGUCGGGAGACAGGCGGAGCUGACCUGGAAGCCUCUUGUUGGCCACUGUUUUUCUAAGGAACUCACCUUCCACAGCCUACCUCCACAGAACCAGCAAGGACUCUUCUAGGAGCAGAGGAGAUGGCGCUCUUCAGGCAGCUGUCCCUGGCCUCAAAGGCCGCGCUGGCUGCGGUCACUGUCUUCGUGUCCAUGAUCGUCUCCCGAUCCUAUCUGGCAGAGUCCCUUGAGCUGAGAGCCUGGCGUUGGCUGUUUCGCCUGCAGCUUGCCCUAUUCGUUAACUCGCUCAUGCUCAUUGGCUCCCUGUACAUCUGGCAUAGUGCAGUGAGCAACCUCAGCCACUCCCAGGCCGGGCAGGCCACCUGUUUCUGGCUUUGGAAGCUGGCUGUGACGGUGUUUCUGGCACUGGCCCAUUCCAGUUUCUUCACCAUGCUGUUUCUGGUGGCCGAGGAGCCCUAUCUCUUUUCCCUGGCAGCCUACUCCUGCCUGGGUGCUUAUGUCAUCAUGCUGUUCUUCCUCUGCAUCCUCAGCGGGAUGGAGCAGGCCUACCAGCUCUUGGCCUGGCACCGUGGUAGGGUGGUAGGCAGCCUCGACAAGUCUCGGAAGCUGGUGCUCAGACCCGCUCUGGCGGUGGUGGUGACCGCUGUGCUCAGCGUAAUGGGCCUGCUGAAUGCUGCUCAGCCCCCAGCUGUGAAAACUGUGGCGGUGCCUGUCCAUCAGCUGCCCCCUUCCAUGAACAGCCUCAAAAUUGUGCUCCUCUCAGACAUCCAUUUGGGGCCCACGGUGGGCAAGACAAAGAUGCAGCUGUUUGUGAGGAUGGUGAAUGAUCUGGAGCCAGACGUCACAGUGAUUGUGGGUGACCUCUCUGAUUCAGAAGCGUCUGUCCUGCGGACAGCUGUUGCUCCUUUGGGCCAGCUUCGCUCACGCCUUGGCACCUACUUUGUCACAGGCAAUCAUGAGUACUACACAUCAGACGUCAGCAACUGGUUUGCUCUGCUGGAGUCCCUGCAUGUCCAGCCUCUUCACAAUGAGAACGUAAAGAUUUCUGCAACAGGGACCCAAGAUGAUGGUGAGGGUAGAAGGGCAGGUGAUGACUGGAUCUGCUUGGCUGGGGUGGACGACAUUGAAGCACACAUCCUGCACUACUCCGACCAUGGCAUGGACCUCAGCAAGGCCCUGGAGGGCUGCAGCCCAGACCGCGCCACCGUCUUGCUAGCCCACCAGCCCCUGGCUGCCAAGAGAGCUCUCCAGGAACGGCCAGAUAUUAACUUGAUCCUUUCAGGGCACACACACGCUGGGCAGCUCUUCCCCUGGAAUGUGGCAGCUUACCUCCUGAACCCUUUCUUUGCAGGUCUCUACCAAGUGGCCGAGGCUACAUUCGUGUAUGUCAGCCCGGGCACGGCCUACUACGGGAUACCCAUGCGGCUGGGGAGCAGGGCAGAGAUCACAGAGCUCAUCCUGCAGUGCGCUCCCUGACCCAGCACUGCCCUGGCACCCUGCCCUGCCAUGUCCUGGCCUGGCCUUCGCCUUCCAUCCCUCUUCAGAAUGACUUGCCUUCUGCACCCUUCCAGCCUCUCCCCAGCCCUGCCGACACCCCCUUGGUCACAAAGCCUGACGUGAACGAGGCCACCAAGAUCACAUAUGAGAGAAUAUACGUGUUUCCCAGAGGGUGUGGAGUGAGGUGUCCUGUGGAGCUGGGGGAGGAACUGCAACCUUGGAUUGCUCCAUGGGACACCUCUAGUGUGCAGGGUUGGGAAGCGGCAG